AUUAUUUUAAAUAAUGAUACGAUCUUUAGGUCAAUCUCUCUUGAAUUUGAUAAGAAAAUUUAUUUAAUUUUUUUAGAUAAUCAAUCAAUUUAAUACUUUUAAUAGAGUAACUUGAAUUAGAAUGAUGAUUACAAGUUAACGUGCAUCGAGCGCUAUUUGGCUCUCUUUUCUCUGUAUUUUUUUUGCUUUCCCGCAAAAGCCAAAGCCUAACAGCGUCCGUCGGUUCCAACGAUGAGUCGAUACAGGGCACAACAGCAAGCCUCUGUCGACGAACCGGAGCCCAACCCCCAGGGCGAAGACCAUGUACCUGACGACGAACAGCAAGAUGAAAACGAUAAGGAUUCGCAACCAUCAGAACCCAAAGGAGACUACUUGAAUGUCGCUUCCCGCCCCUUCUUAAUGAAGAUCUUGCAAAAACAAGGUGACAGUAAAGUUUUGUUUGCGGAUAAAGUGUUGAAGUUCACUGCAUCAGGGAAAAUGAAACGACGGAAUCUUAUAAUCACUGAUUUCGCCGUUUAUAUUGUUGAUCCUGAAACCGAUGGGCUUAAACGCCGGAUAGCUUUAGCAGCCGUAGAUAAGAUGUGUCUGAGCGAUUUAAACGAUAACUUCUUCUCCAUUAUCAUUCCAACCGAGUAUGAUUUACUAAUGGCUAGUACUCGCAAAACUGAAAUUGCUACUUGCUUAUUUGAAGCUAUCAAAACUAGUGCUCAAUAUGAACUUGAGGUCUCUUUUUCCAGUAGCUUUGAAUAUAAUGCUACUGCCGAUCUCGUAAAGGAAAUUCAGUUCGAGGAAGUUGAAGGGGGUGUUAGAACUAGAAUUCUGAUGAAAAAAUAGUGAGUUGGCAACUUGUAUUUUUCUCGACUGAGAGACCUUGCGGGGAAUUGCAACUUUUUUUCGGUGUUUUCUGCGUGGUUCUGCUUGCCUUGGAGACUAACCCCGAAAAUAUGUAACCUUAUUCUUUUACACAUUAAUAUACUAUUUAGCACUGAAGCUUUGGAGUUGAUUUCCUCCUCUCUUUUUUUCCUCCUCUUUUUGCUCAAGAGGGACGCCCCAAAGUUUGAGCUUAAGAAGAUGAGGGUUUUUAGUAUGGUUAAUGACAGUAAAUCAAGUUUUUUUUUCCAUUAGAA